AUGUCGUUCGCGAGACCACUCUGCGUUUUGUGCGAGCGUCCGGCGGCGGACGGAUUUGUCCAAGCUGUCGACGUGGACAAGGAGAAGCUGCAGACUUGGUUGCUGAACCUUUGCGGCUACGAAUUUGCCGAGGAAAUAGAGGAUCACGACCUGAUUUGUUACUUUUGCAUUUGGCACGCAGAGUUCCUGACCAAACACGGUUUGAAUUUCGGGGCUGAUUAUUGGUGGCCUCAGGAUUUGGAUUAUUUGGACGAUGCGGCAAAAGAGCUAAGGAAAAGCUAUUUUGAUGGAAAAAUUGAGCAGUGCUGGGUUCAGUUGGAAAACGUUGAUGAUUUGGAGGGAGGCUCUGGAACUGAACAUGGACCUCAAACUGAGAAGAAAUUGAGGAAAUGUGUUUACUGUGAUAAAUCAUACAAAAAUAUCAAGAUAUUGGGAGAACACGUGAGGAACGCGCACAAAAAUGCCAUCAGGUGUGAAAAUCACUUGUGUGCUACCUACUUCCACACAAUUGAGGAGAAAGAAGAGCACGUCAAGAAUUUCCACGAGACGCCGAAAGAACGAAAAAAAAUCCAGUGCUAUUUUUGUGAAAAGGAGUUCCAGGGAUAUGAUAAGUACCACAGGCAUGUUCGACAUGUCCACACUGAAUUUCCGGUGAAAUGCUCUUUCCGUGGUUGCAUUAAAUAUUUUAAAACUGAUGAUGAAAUGAAGUCUCACUUUGACUCUUCUCACAAAGAAGAAGACGAGGACAAAAUCCACGAGUGCAAGCAUUGCAAGUUCAGAGCAAAGAAAAAAAGGGAUUUGGAAAGACACAUUGCUGCGAAGCAUUUGCCGAAAACAAUCAAGUGUGAAAAGUGCGACAAAUGGUUUUCUUCGCACAGAAAUCUUGGGUUCAAGUGCGAGCCAUGCAAGAAGUACUUCAAAAGUGCAAAAACCUUGAAUAUUCACUUGAAAUAUCAACACAGCGCUGCCAAUUUGAAGCAAUGCGCGCACUGUUCCAAAAGUUUCUCUCGUCUCAGGUCGUUGAAAUACCAUUUAGCUAUGACACAUAAUUUGAUCGAGUGUCAGUUUGAAUGUCAUUUGUGCAAGAAGAAAUUCAGCGGGAAAGCAAAAUUUCUGCCUCGCAAGUCACCAGAGUAG